UCAAAAUUUGGUCGUUAUGUCGCUGUGUAGUGAAUGUAAUAAUAUUCAUGUUUAACUCGAUCCAUGACUCGAGUGUUAGAUCUUUCAGCGUUUAACUUUUGUCGUAUUACAAUUUUUUUUUUAUUCAAUUUAUUGAAUGAUAAUUUUUGAAUAAAAAACAACAUGUUUAAACAAAUUUUACGAUUAAAAUGUGCUCAUAAUUUAACUUUUCGGGACUAUUAUACAUCAAAAGUAUUGAAUCUUAAUAAAAAUUAUUUAGCAUUAGAAACAGUGUUAGUGGACGGAAAACCUUUUAAGCGAGAUGAAUAUACGAAUGUUACUCCUAAUAUACUAUCAUUCAUUGGCACUAAUAAUCAUAAUCGUAUUGGCCACCCUUUAUGUUUAUUCAAACAACGACUUAUUGAUUUUUUCUAUGGUCACUUUAAAGGACGAACGGGUAAUCCAAUUUUUUCUAUUUAUGACAAAAUUAAUCCAGUUGUAACAAUAAAUGAAAACUUUGAUUCUUUGCUAGUUCCUAAAAAUCAUCCGAGUAGAAAUAAGACAGAUAGCUAUUAUAUAAAUAAAACUUAUAUGCUCAGAGCUCAUGCUACUGCUCACCAAUCUGAACUAAUAAAAAUGGGUUUAGAUAACUUUGUAAUAUUUGGAGAUGUUUAUAGGAGAGAUGAAAUUGAUUCUACCCAUUAUCCAGUAUUUCAUCAAGCUGAUGGUGUACAUAUAUUUACUCCAAAUGAAUUAGAAUUAAUUCAUGGAAGCAAUAUUAAUAUAUUUGAUCCCAACCAAUAUAUUUCAAAUGAAAAACAAGGUGUUUAUUCUAAAGAAGCCAAUGAAAUAGUUACCAAUCACUUAAAAAAUACAUUAGUGUCAAUGAUAAAACAAGUAUUUGAUGAAGAUAUUGAGUACCGUUGGCUUACCGAGUACUUUCCAUUUACACAUCCUUCAUUUGAAUUAGAAAUAUAUUAUAAUGGCCAAUGGAUAGAAGCUUUGGGAUGUGGAGUUAUCCAACAUGAAAUUUUGAAAAAUUCUGGAGCUGGCAAUCGAAUUGGUUGGGCGUUUGGUCUUGGGUUAGAACGUCUAGCUAUGCCUUUUUAUUCUAUACCAGAUAUACGUAUAUUUUGGUCAAAUGAUUCCGGAUUUCUCAAUCAAUUUGAAAAUAUACCUAAAGACGGAAGAAUAAAAUAUAAACCAGUAAGCAUAUAUCCUCAAUGUAUCAAUGACAUAAGUUUUUGGUUACCUGAAGAAAAACCAUAUUGUUCGAAUGAUUUUUAUGAACUUGUAAGAGAAUAUGGCGGUCAUUUAGUUGAACAAGUAAAAUUAAUUGAUGAAUUUCAACAUCCAAAAACUAAAAAUGUAAGUCAUUGUUACAGAAUAGUGUACAGACACUUAGAAAGAACAUUAAAUCAAGAAGAAGUGAAUGAAGUUCAUAAAUUGAUUGAAACCAAUGCUACAAAAAUAUUAGGUAUUAAAAUUAGAUAAUUAAAAUUAAUGAUUUCUGUAAUUGAAUCUAUGUUAAGACUGAUGUGUUUGUUGCUUAUAAGAUUAUAAUCUUCAAUAAAUAUAGAUAUACCAUACUAAA